AUGGCCGCGACGCUGAAAGACGUGGACGGCUUCACUCGGCCAGGCAUCGACGGUAAGAAGGCGCAGAACAGGUUCCUUCUCCUCGUUCGCCAUCACAAGUCCAACAACAAUGAGGCGGCCCGGCUUUCAGGCGCCACCGAAGACGAGACCCCCAAGAGCCGCCUGCAGGAACUCAAGCUUGCAAGCACCAUGGAGCCCGAGCCCGCCACCCCGCGUGCCCCGGCACCCUCGACGACAUACGAUCUACAACAAGGUUCGUUAUCGGACCGUACCCUCGACGAUGGCUUCUACAACGCGUCAGCGGCGGCGGCGACCCCACAGCCAGCAGGUGCAACGGAACCGAUGGCGAGCCUCUCACGUGUGCAGGCGCGGUCUACGGUGAUCUCCCAGCGCAGUCCUAUCGCCCAAAAGCGCGACAGUUGUCGCGGGGGGGAAAUUGCUUGUCGAUGGUCAUGUCCAUUGUGCGACCAACUACCAUGGAGUGCCGACGACAACGACCCGACAGCCAGGACCAAAGGUGUGUCGACCGAGUGCGGGUGCGCGCCCGCCUUGCAACAGCACGAGCUGCAAAUGACGGCACAUCGCGAGCGCAUCGCGGCAGACGGGCGUCAGGCCCACUUCGAGUGGGAGCAGCGCCAGAUCCACGAAGCAGCUGCGCAGUACAAGUACGCGGUAAAACACGAUGCGGCUGCGCACGCCGCGCAGUUCAAGGCGAACAUGGAGCGCGAGGCAUCCAGGCACAAGGUGCAUCUCGAUACGAAGCAGCAGCGUGCCUUCCUUCAACAAUGCCAACCUCAACUUACAGCAGUGCAGCAGCAACAGCAACAACUGUGGCAGCAGCAGCAGCACAAGGCGUAG